AUGAACGAGUCACUGGUGGUGAACGACUCCUCCGCAACCCCUGUGGUAGGGGAAGCUCUCCCGUGGUUGGAGGCUGAGUCUGCAGAGCACAACGGCAGCCUGGAGUUCUCCACUGCUCCACUAGAUUUCCCCAUCAACCCAUGGGACAUUAUGCUCUGUAUGUCUGGCACUGUCAUCGCCUGUGAAAAUGCCAUUGUGGUAGCAAUCAUCUUCUACACUCCCACACUGAGGACUCCCAUGUUUGUGCUGAUUGGGAGCCUGGCCACAGCGGACCUGCUUGCCGGCAUGGGAUUAAUUCUGAACUUUGUGUUCCAGUAUGUGAUCUCAUCUGAGACUAUCAGCCUUAUCACUGUCGGCUUCCUGGUGGCCUCCUUCACAGCAUCUAUAAGCAGCCUUUUGGCAAUCACAGUGGACCGUUACUUCUCCCUCUACAAUGCCCUGACUUAUUUCUCUGAGAAGACGCUGCAGUAUGUACACCUGAUGUUGCUGGGGACUUGGGGGGUGUCUCUGUUCUUGGGUUUGCUGCCUGUUCUUGGCUGGAACUGCCUGGACGAGCCUUCAUCCUGCAGCAUUGUCCGGCCUUUGACCCGUAGCAACCUUAUGCUUCUAGCAACCUCCUUCUUCGCCAUCUUUAUGUUAAUGCUAACCUUAUAUUUUAAGAUCUGUAAGAUUGUCUGCCACCACGCCCACCAGAUAGCCCUCCAGCAGCACUUUUUUGCCACAUCCCAUUAUGUAGCCACUAAAAAAGGGGUUUCAACUCUGGCUAUAAUUUUGGGAACAUUUGGUGCCAGUUGGCUGCCAUUCGCCAUUUACUGCCUGGUUGGUGAGAAGGAAUAUCCAUCAGUGUACACUUAUGCUACACUUUUACCAGCCACCUACAACUCCAUGAUCAACCCCAUCAUCUAUGCCUAUAGGAACGCAGAGAUCCAGCGCUCCAUUUACAUGCUUCUCUGUGGCUGUUUUCAGGCUAAUAAAGCCUAUAGGUCCAGGUCGCCUAGUGAGGUCUAA